AUGUUUACGACCUUUGCCAGAACCUCUCUUCUCCGGACCUCUGUCCGGACGCUUCCUAUUGUUCUAGGUGCUCUGUACAUAUUAAGACCAAAACCUAUAUUUAACGAUGCUGUGAUGCCUCAAAGGUACGAGGCUCCUAUUGGGGUAAGGGUCAACACACAGCCUAUUCCAUUGCAAAAAAAAUUGAACUACAACGACCUUUGCAUUGGUUCGAUCACUGGGCUUUUCUUGGGGAUCAUAGUAGGAAAGCUAUCCACGACAAUUGCCUUUUUGGGAGUGUCUGCGUACUUGUUUUUGCAGUUUUUGGAGAGUAGGGGUAUCAUCACCAUUCCGUGGCGGUCGGUGGUGAAGAUGGGGAAGCAGCAGAUCGAUUUGAAGUCGAUGUUCUUUGAGAACUUGAGCUUCAAGCUAUCGUUUGUGAGCACGUUUGUUCUCGCUGCAUGGAACAUUUAG